AGCUUCCAACUCGUUUGCUCUGCCUCAAUUCCUGAGAACAAUAUUUUGAUUACUGACAUACACCGCUCGCUCAUAAAUUUUCCAAUUGAGCUUUACCUUCAUAUAGUAUCGCACAGCGAUAGAUUCCUGUCGGGCGACCUGAGCUUACGAUGGCUCUGCGGCGCACCAUUGCCCUGCCGCGAAUGCUGCGGUCAGCGGCUCGCAUUCCCAUGGGAAUCAGCGGAGAACACAGGCGUGGCCUUGCAACAGCUGUGCCGCCGGUUACUCAAGAUGCCACAGGGUCUAAAGGGCCGACCGCGAUGGUGUUCCUGAACAUGGGAGGUCCUUCGACGACGGCUGAGGUCGAAGAUUUUCUAAGCAGACUGUUUGCCGACGGCGACUUGAUUCCCCUUGGUCGUCUCCAAAACUAUCUAGGUCCGCUCAUUGCGAAGAGGAGAACGCCAAAGAUCCAAAGACAGUAUGCGGAUAUCGGAGGAGGUUCGCCUAUCAGAAAAUGGUCAGAGUACCAAUGCGCAGAGAUGUGUAAAUUGCUGGACCAGCUCAGCCCCGAGUCUGCCCCGCACAAGCCGUACGUCGCAUUCCGUUACGCUGCGCCUUUGACGGAGGAAAUGUACGCGCAGCUGCUAGCAGACGGCUUCGGCAAUGGGAAAGGUGGCCGUGCUGUUGCAUUCACGCAAUAUCCGCAGUACUCGUGUUCUACAACGGGUAGUUCAUUGAAUGAGCUGUGGAAGUGGAGGACCCGACUGGAAGGAAAGCGCGCAAAUUGCGACGUGGAUGCGACAGGAACUAUCCAGUGGAGUGUCAUUGACCGCUGGCCUACACACCCGGGUCUUAUCGAAGCGUUCGCAAGAAAUAUUGAAGACCAACUGAAGACGUACCCCGAGGAAAAGAGGAACAGUGUGGUGUUAUUGUUCUCGGCUCACAGUUUGCCUAUGAGUGUGGUCAACAGAGGUGAUCCGUAUCCAGCAGAGGUUGCCGCAACCGUUCACGCAGUAAUGCAAAGACUGAACUUCAGCAACCCGUAUCGAUUAUGCUGGCAGUCUCAGGUUGGACCGUCUGCUUGGCUCGGCGCUCAGACCAGCGAUACAGUCCAGGAAUAUGUUAAGAGGGGACAAACUGAUCUUGUCCUUGUUCCAAUUGCAUUCACUAGCGACCACAUUGAGACCCUGUACGAGCUGGAUCUGGAAGUGAUGGAAGAAGCCAACCACCCAGGAGUCAAGCGCGCCGAGAGCUUGAACGGGAACCCGAUUUUCAUCCAGGCCCUCGCGGACUUGGCCCACGACCACUUGCGCAAAGGAGAAUUAUGUUCUCUUCAGAUGACCCUCCGCUGCCAGGGCUGCAAGAGCGAAAGAUGUUUGGAACAAAAGAAGUUUUUUGCUGGUCAAAAAUAUGCUUCUCUUGUACAAUAG